AGCACUCCAGUGUAUGAUAUAGCUCAGUGAUCGUGCUACCGUCACGGAUCGGGUAGUGACAGUGCUACCGGUACAGAUCGGGUAGUAACAGGUAGAGCUUUUUUUGGGUAGUAAUACAGGUAUUCGAAUGGGGCCGACAUCUUCGAAUGUUACUUCAGCCUGACUGGACCGUUCUAGAUAGUUUAUUGUUAUCUCGCUUCAAUCAGUCUGAGAAGUGCGUUCCGGAGACACUGUGGGAGAAAUGAGUUCCCUAACACGGAAAAGGUCCUACAAGAAGCUGCCUGUGUGGAUAGUAGAGGACCACCACCAUGUGGUAUACCAUAUCUACCGAGCCAUUGCAUCGAGACAUCUCCCUCUCAAAAACAUUAGGCUGGUUCAUUUGGACUCCCAUCCUGACCUGCUUAUCCCUGUCAACAUGCCUGCUGACACAGUGUUUGAUAAGGAGAAACUUCUCAGUGAGCUGAGUAUAGAAAACUGGAUAAUGCCUAUGGUGUAUGCUGGUCAUUUAAGCUGUGUGGUGUGGCUGCAUCCAUACUGGGCUCAGCAGAUCAAAGAAGGAGAGCACAUGAUUAAUGUUGGCAGAGACUCAUCUACAACCACCAUCAGGGUGACCAGUACAGAGAACUACUUCCUAAGUGAUGGUCUGUAUGUUUGUGACGAGCAGCUGGAGAACUCCAAACUUCUCAGACUGGAUGUAGUCAGAGUCAAUCCUGCCAAAACAAGCCAUUUGUCAGCUACAGCGCAUGAUGCAGAGAAGGACUCUGUGACACGUUUAGCUAAAAAUGCUCAUACAGAUCUGAGUUUGGACAGAGAACUCUCCUCAGUAACAACUGCGACACUGCUUCCAGCAGAGGGCAGCAACUGGCAGGGAGAGUUGAGCAGCAAUGGCACAGAUGUUGGAGAGGGAGAUGAAGAUAUAGGAUCCACCAGUUACGUUGUUGGGAGAUUGACUACAUUUCUGAGUGAAACAGUUCCAUACAUCCUGGACAUUGACUUGGAUUUUUUCUCCUGUAAAAACCCAUUUAAAGAAAUAUUCACCCAGGAAGAGUAUUCCAUCCUUAAGGAGCUCUACAACUUCCGAGAACCCAGCGUGGAUGCUGAUAAGGCAGAGCUGGAGGAGUGUCUAGAUCGUCGUAUACAUCAGUUAGAAGAUCUGGAGGCAGCAUUUGCUGAUCUGCUGGAGGAUGACGGAGAACAGACAGUUGCACGAUGGGCAGCUAACCCAGGCAUGUCUUCAUUAGCCCAACUGGUUUCCAGUUUGAAAGCAAGAAAUUCUUCACCCGACUAUGAAAUGGUUCACCAGGCAGGCCUCACCUGUGACUCAGUCGAGCUGCCGCACCACAUCAGCACUGAGGAGGAGAUUGAUAGACUGAUUUCUGCUGUGCAGCUUGUCCUGAAAGCUCUGCCCACACCCACUCUUGUGACUAUGUCCAGGUCCAGUCUAGACGAAUACUGCCCAGCUGAGCAGGUGGAUUCUGUCCAGAGCAGAGUUCUGGCUGUACUAGAGGAUCUGUAUGGUGACCUUGAUGUGCAUAAAGACUAUGAAAGCAGCAAUAAAGAUGCUCACGACUGCAAGCCGAGGACUUCAUAAACUAGAAUACAACUAGUUCCUCGUUUAUGUUGGGAUUGUUUUAACAAUUCUAACACAUUAGGGUCAAAUACAGCAUUUCAAAAAGUUAUUACUGUGAGUUGUGGGUUGUCAUUUCACCCUUUUUGUAUAUGUGCAGUUUUCGUAAUUUUGUUUACAAGUUUUAGACACAGACAAUUGCUGUCAUUUAAAGGACAUUUUGUACCCUUUAAAGUAAUUUUCUCUUAUUUACACGUUAUAUUGGUUUGAUCAGACUUCAUAAUCUGUAAUUUUCCAAGAGUCAGGAGCCCCAAAAUGGGAUUUGAUGGAUUUUUUUUUUCUUGCUAAAGUGCCAUGACAGUGUUAAACUUAUGGUUUAUGUUGUCUCUUCAUUUUAUUAUUUUUCUGGACACUGUAUAGAAUAGAUUUCUAUGCUCUGCUGCUCUUAAGGGUUUCUACCAGAGCUUAUUUCCACAGCAGCAAGAGGCAGAUAAAGGGAAGUUAGUUCCCACAGUCUUUCAUGUAAAGCCUCUCGUGGAUUAAGCAGUAUCCCUCUCACCACCAUUAGCCGAUAACAGAAAUCCAGAAGACCAAGGAGGUCCUACAUCCCCAUCACUAAAGCCUCUUCUAGUUCUGAUUGUUUGACACCUGAGAACUGCUGACUUACUUCAUGUGAAGACUGUCUAUGCAGUGGUCUACUGUCUGGUUUCCUGUUGGACAUUCUGACUGAAGCUACAUGCUUGUGUUUGGGUGCAACUGGUGCACCCUGCCUUAAAGAGUACAUUAAUAAAAAUAAGCAAAUACUGAUACAGGUUUUAAA